AUGGCCUACUAUCGACCUCUCAGGCCCCACGUUUCAAAAGCCCUGCUCCAGCCUCUAAGGCAGAAUGUGCAAAAUGGUCAUUCCAAAGGCAGGACAAUAAGCAGACCAUUCUCAGUAUCAAGACAUGACAGGGAUAAUAGGUCAGCCUUCUCAUUCACGCCUGCAAAUCGGCUAUCCCACCGUACAUGCAUGAUCACAGGCGGGACAUCAGGUAUUGGAUUUGCUAUUGCCGAGAGAUUCCUGCAAGAAGGAGCUGGGCGAGUCAUCCUCGUCGGGAGAUCUCACCAACGGCUCUGCGAUGCAGCCGCGAGAUUACAAGCUGUAUCUGAUUACGAUCCCCAGUCCGCUGCUGUUUCAACAAAAGCUCCAGAGGGGGGCAUGGAGCAAGCGGAUGCCAAAGGGGCAUGUCUGGGUUCAGAUGCAAAGGCAGCAGACAGCUUUUCAGCAAACGUCUCUGAGCGUAUUACUUUGAUUGUUGGGGACGUUGCCGAGGCUGGAUCCUGGAUGCGGGAACUGGAAAAGCAAAUGGUAAGCUUCUUUUUUUUCUUCUUGGAAUCCGUCGAUAUCCUAGUCAAUGCAGCGGGCAUUUCGAUCUCGGCGAUUCUUCCCAAGACCGAGCCGAGCGACAUCUCUCAGAUCCUGCGGACCAACCUCGAGGGAUCGAUCCUCAUGUCGAGAGCCUUAGUUCGCGCCGCGAUCCGCAGUCGUAUCAAGAGCAGGAAAGCUACCAAUUCUUUAACCAAGUCACCCCUGUCCAAAUGCAUUAUCAAUGUCUCGUCUCUACUAGCGCUCAAAGGUGGAACCGGUGCCGUCUCAUACGCCGCAUCCAAGGCGGGAAUUUUAGGCUUGACCAGAUCGCUCACGGUGGAAGCGGCAGCUUCUCUUCGCGACGUGGUGAUUCGUUCCAACGCUAUUGUGCCGGGGUACAUUGAAACCCCCAUGAUUGCAGAUUUUACUGAGAGCGAAAUUUCUAGAUUGAAGGAGAAUAUCCCGCUGCACCGAUUUGGUGACCCUCAAGAAAUCGCUGACGCAGCAGUCUUCCUGGCACAGAACGAAUAUGCCAACAACUGUGUGCUCAACAUUGACGGUGGACUGAGUGCUUUGUGA